AUGCAGGUCGCCACGAAAUGCAAUGCGGCUGGCAUGCACAUCUUCCAGUACCGCACUAUCGCGGAACUGAUGCAUCAUCUUGGGAUUGCCGGGCGGGCGGGCAAUGCUACUACCACUCAAUUACCUCUGGACCCAGUUCAAGAAAAAGUCUCUCGCGGGCACGGAUGUGGAACUUUCUUGAUGCGCUCUGUUUAUGUGAAGGACCAGCGCCGACGCAUCCCGGUCAACGGGUGGGCGUACUUCACCUUGCGCUACCUCACCGACGAAGGGAACUUGAUGUAUGACCUUCGGAAUCCGGUCGUAGAGAUUCUGUUCAGCCAGCGAUUGGAUUUGGGUGAGGUGGAGUAUGGUAUUGAUGUGAGGACGGUAAAUCAUGUUGCCAGGGAAGUGUGGGUUUAUUCCGAUCUUGAUGAAAAGAGGCCGGGAACGUUGCGGUUGAAGGGUUACGGGGCCGGGUUCGAUGCAGGACGAGUAUGGAACGGGGGAGUUGGAACAUUUGGUUAA